CACUCGCCGCCCUGGUUUUGCAUCCCUGGCAGUAUACGUGUCGUGUCGUUCGCUUUCUCAUUCGUUUUGUUAUUUUUGGGCUGAGAGUGCGACGUGUGCUUCACAACAACACAGAAAAAUGGCUCCUCCACAGAGAAUGCGCGUCGCCAACGAGAAGGCCAGCAAAUAUGUGACAAUGCGUGGCAACGUACCCAAAUCCUCGAAAACGAAAGAGGGCCAGUAUCCCGUGGGUCCCUGGCUCCUGGCGCUCUUCAUCUUUGUGGUCUGCGGCUCGGCCAUUUUCCAGAUCAUUCAGUCGAUUCGCGCAGCGUAAGGAAGGAAUCGAAACCCCCUCUUCAUAACACACAAUCUAAAGCAGCCGCAUCUGGAGGAAGAUAAUAGACCCUUCCGGAACCUCCACUUGCUACUCCUAUAGCCUUUCCAGAACACCCCCUUCCUAGCUCUAAUACCGGAAAAUAUGUGCAACCAGAGAAGAACCCAAAAUAGAUUGGCUUUAUUUUCGUGUCUGCAAUAUCUACUCUUAUAAAAACACAUACAAAAUUUAAGUCCAUUUUACCGCAUUUUGCAUUAAUUAAUUUAACUGUAAGCUCUGCAAUGUGCAUUCCUGCAAUUCUCUCCUAGACACUCACAAAAAAAAAUCAACUGAUUAUGAUCCUGAUCAUUUUAUAGGCGAUAAAUGCAUUUUUAAGAUGCUUCUCGAUGCAGUUUUAAAUAGUGCAAAGUGUUAAAGCGUUGUUUUCUAAUGCAAAGACGAGUAGAGGAGAAACUAUGAGUACAUAACAAUGAUGAAUAUAUGAUAAUUUUUUACCUAAAA